AUGACGGCAAUCAAGUUGCGGCAGGUCCAAGAAGACCCGAACCGGAAGGAUAUAUUCGGGAUCCUAAACGAGUUCAUCCAGCCUGAGAGCGCAACAUCCGCCUCCCAGGCCGCAACAUCAUUCGCGCAGGGUGUCAAGACGCCGAAUGAAGAGUUCUUCUGGGGGUUCUGGGACAGCAUAUUCAGCACCGCCGAGCAGAUCCCGCACGGCAAUCCCGCGCAGGAUAAGCUCGCCGUGUUCGUGCGCGAGCUGACGCUAGUACCUGAGACGGGGGAUAAAGUCUGGGAAGCCCGCGUCUGGAGCGAUUUACCCCUCCUCGGUGCAUCCGUAAGAGAACGCCUUGAUAAAGUCAACGGCACUGAUGCGCGUGUUCCAUUCCACGCAUUUAUAGCGCGGCUCUUACACGCAGGGGUCUCGCCCGGUUCCGAGACCACGGCAAUCUGGAUGUUGAGGGACGCGCUUGAGCAAGACACCAAGCCAGCCGGCGAUGGGAGCGAUUUUGACCGUGCGCUGAUGACGGCUGCUGUGUACGUCGAAUAUGCCGGUGCGACGCUGGCUCAGAAACUGGAGUUACAGCCCGAACCCCAGCUCGAUGAGGCGCAGCGCCGAUUGUUAAAAGGCGGCGGGCUAUGGAAGGACAAGAGCGGGCUCACGCCAGACAGGUGGGCGUUCUGGGGUAAACGGUUCGAAGAGCAGGGAAACAAGGCAACGAGUCCGGAAGCGAAGGGAUUGGCUCUACAUGCCGCGAGGUUGAUUGCGGUAUGGGCUCGGACGCGGGUAUCGACGUGA